UUGUACAAAAUGUCGAGUCCUGAUAGUAAGGAGGUCAUAAAAAAUUCUUCAAAUAAUAUCUCUCAAACAGCAGCAAAUAGUUCUGUAUUAUCACACAAUAAGCAGGAGCCUCAUUUCGAAGAGGACGAAGCCGAAAAGCGAAAAGCAUUUUCUAUAGUAGAGUUGUUGACUGAUUCUCGACCAUCAUGUAGUACCCACAGGCGCCGAUCAGCUACUUUCAUCUCUUCUAAAACAUCUAAUGAAAUAAAGGAAUUUUACGAACCCCCAAUGAAAAAAACUUUAAAAUGCGAGAGUUUUGAAAAUCUUCAUAACGUGCAACUCAAUGAUGCUUCGUUAUGUUUGCCUAAAAUAGAGAAAUCUUCAAAUUCUAACUCGCCUGAUGCCAUGAUUUUACGUAAUCACCAACAAUUCCCUCAAAAUCAAUACCAACAACAUAGAUUAAUUGGCAAACAAAAUCAUGACGAAGUGCCAACAAAUACAUUUCCAAUAACAACAUCAGCCUGGCAACAACAAUUAAAUUUGGUUACCGCCUUUUUCAUUCAACAACAAUCACAACAGGAACUUGGAGGACCGGCAACUUUAGAUCAUAUGUUGGCUAGAGGUCGUGAAGCAAUGACAGCGAUUCCUACUGUUGCUGGAAAAAAUGAUCAAUUGGAAGAAUUAAAAAAGAAAAUGGCUGCUUCUGCUGCAAUUUUGCCGCAAUUUCAACUUAUAAUGGAUGCACAACAACAUCAUCAGAACUUCCUCUCAUUUAUGACAGGAGAAAGAGAUAAUAGUGAGGGCGACAUCUCUACUGCUAUUAGGCAAAACUCUUUAAAUGAAGAAAGCCCAGUGGGCGAUGAAUCGGAUGAAGGUGAUGAGUCCCGCUAG